GAUUGGACUCGCAAAUAGCCAGCCCCUGCGACGAAAUAAAGCAGUCGGGCAGCAUCCAAACUAGGCUCCACGCGGUCCGGACGUCGUCGACAGCCCGGCAGCGCGGAGACAAGUGCACGCGCGGCCGCCAGCGACGACAGGGCAGCCUUCGAAGAUGGACGAGGCCGCCGACACCCCUUUGCAAACCCCGGCGCCGACCUACGGCGCGGUCCCUGAGGCGGCGCCCGUAUCGAGACGCCCGCGGAAGGCCCUGGUCGCCGCGCUCGGCGGCGCCGGGCUGUUGUUCGCGGCCGUCGCCGUCGCGCGCGCGCCGUCCCACGAAGCCAUUGGCGCACCCUCCACGAGCUCCUUCUCCAUGACGCCCGGCGUCGGCAUCGGCGCCGUCGAGCCGGCGCGGCUCCACGCCGCCGCGCAGAAGAAGCCGGGCCCGAAGAAGAACGCCUACAAGGAAGGCCUCAAGACCGCCGAGCAGCGCAUGGCGCACUACCGGGCGAUGGUCGACGAAUUGAACGCCAAGGCCGCCGUCGAGAAGACUGAUCAAAGUAUGGUAGCGGCGAUGUGCGACAUCAGUUCAUCGCCGCUCGUCGACUGGACGGUCUGCGACUCGUUCGAGAACGCCGCUCCGGGUGGCUCCCUCCUAGCCGUGGAGCAGGCCUUCUUCGACGCGCAAGGCCUGAAAACGCACCUCGACGAGUGCUCGGUCUCGGAGAACACCGAUUUCAAUUGGCUGCGGCCCUGCGAGUGGCAGGCCGUGGCGAACAUGGGUGAAUUUUGCUCGGAUAAGUUCAGCCCGCAAGUGCCCGAGUUGCUGCCUGGUGUUAGUCUGAGACCCGUCAAGCCUAGUGAUGAUGAUGCUUGCACGAAAUUAACUAAUACGGAGGUAUCUUCGGACGAUUGUAGAUUGUGCCAGGCGAACGCCUUCUGCUCGGCCUGCGGUGCCGAUAAUAAGUACUGCAACGCCUUCCUGAAGGCCCACCCCGACCUGCUGCGGAGCGAGACGAACGUCGGCACGGCCGAGGCCUUCUUCGUCGACAAGGAGUUGAGCUACUGGUGUUCUGAUGACGUGCAGCAGGCUAUUGAUGCUGGGACGUACGACCCCAACGCGAAAUACGACGUGCCGACCGGAGCCGCUAUUUACACGGGCACGUACCCCGAGAGCGGCCAGGCCGACGUGUCGAAGCUCGCCGAGGCCCAGAAGACGCACACCACAUUACCGCAGCGCCACGCUGAUGCGGGCGAAACUGAGCAAUCGCGCAAAAACAAGCAGGCCAAGAAGGCCAAGGUCGACGCCACGCCGCCGAACCCCGACCGCCACGCGAUUACCAGAAGGAGCCCCGACGCGACGUGGACGGGGUCGCGGACGGCCACGGAGCAGGAGCGGCUCAGCGCGCCGGUCGAGAGCGACCACAAGGCCUGCGCCUACGACGCGGCGAUCGACCGCGAAAGUUAUAUUGCGAUCGGCGGCUACGACACGGUCGCGUACUGGUCCCUUCCCUCAACAACGGACAAGAUGCCGGAUGGGUCGACGCCGAUGCCCGCGCCGGCCGUCAAAGGUAAGAGCGAGUAUGCUGUGAAUCAUGGAGGACAUGUGUGGUACUUCGCGAACCAGGAAAACAUGGAUAAGUUCAUCGAGUCGCCGAAUGCAUAUGUUCCGGCGUUUGGCGGUUUCUGUACCUGGGGAAUUGCCUACGAGACUUGGUGGGGCUGCGUCGGCAAUGGUGUAUUGGUGCUGCCGCCGGCGGACCCGAACUCGUGGUACAUCAAGGACGGCAAGCUGUAUUUCCUGCUCUUCUACGGGCUCUGGGACUGGUUGGAGACAGAGCCUGGGGGGAUCGACCAGUCGCUCGCCAUCGCGAGCGGCCGGUGGCGCCAGUGCUUCGGCGACAUCUUCGAGACGAACUUCAUGUUCGACGGCGUCAUCUCGGACCUCUACCAGGGCACGUGCGAGAUGCGCGACGGCAGCGCACCCCUCCAGAAGGGCGACGACGACUCGGCGCUGCCGUACUAAGACAUAGUGGUUAUA